UCUACGGAGAUAAUUGUUGGAGGUAUUCUAACUCGACCUCGUUGCCUGGAGCGCUGGUCCUCUUUCAUUGUUUCGUCUUGCGCAGAGAGCGCUACCUCGCACAGGUGUACGCUCCGACAGCUAUCCUUCGCUAUGCCUUCAGAUAUCCGCAGCUUCUUUGGCGCGAAAGGGAGCCAAGGCUCCAACGCUUCUCCGGCGAAGCCGGCUACGAAGAAAGAGGAGCCUGCUACUCGAAAGAAGCGAACUAGGAAGGUAGUCGAUGAUAGCGACGAAGAUGAGGUCACCGAGGUGAAGCCUCCGACCCCAAAGAAAGCGCCCAGUAAGCCAAAACCCGAAGUGUCGCAGGGCGAACCAACCUCCACUUCGGACUAUUUUGCCUCGAGCAAGAAGCGAGGAAGGCCAGCGAAAAGCGACAAUGCGACUACAACGAAGCCGGCACAGUCAGCUCCAGCUGAGACACUGGACGAGUCUCCGAAGCCGAAGACGCGCGCAGAGACCCAGACGACUCCCAAAAGACCCUCUCGGACCUCUACUCGAAAGAAGACAAUAGUUUUAGAUGCUGAAGAUGGGCUGGGCGGCGAUGAUGUCUUCGCAACAGAUUAUAAAAAGUUUGGCAAAGGCGACGAUGAAUAUGUCGAGGAAGAUGACCAGGAUGGUAGUGACGACGAUUUUGAAGAGCUCGCCGUGAAGCCUGCGAGUCCAGUUAAACGACCUGGACGAAGCACACAAGCGCCUGUCACUGCAUCAGACGAUGAUGUGGUGAUGGAAGAUUUGCAGAAACGCCCCUCGCGCGCUGCGCAAUCAUCAACCACCCGUCCCGCUCGGAAACGCAAGUCGGAAGCAUUGAACAUGAACGAAGACUCUGAACUCGAGCGUAGUCCUAAGAAGGCUGCGGCAAAGACUCAGGCGACUUCGCAUGCCUCUAAAAAACCACGAGCCUCUCCUACAAAGACUGAUCGGCCUGAGAGCAAGGAGAUACAGGAUAUUUUUGACAGCAUCCCAACCAUCAAACCCCCUUCACCCCCGCCACAGUCUGGUGAGAAAAAGAAGUUCAAUUUCGCCGCCCAAGCACAGCGCUCAAGGUCUCCUGUGGGCGGAAGUGUCGAGUUGCCAGUCGGGGCGGACAAUUGCCUCGCUGGACUGUCCUUUGUCUUCACUGGUCUUCUGGACACUUUGGGCCGUGAAGAGGGUCAGACCUUGGUAAAGAAGUACGGUGGGAAGGUGACGACAGCCCCCAGUUCAAAAACAAACUAUGUUGUCUUAGGGGCAGAUGCUGGACCCAAGAAGCUACAGACAAUCCAACAACACAAAAUUAAGACUAUUAACGAAGAGGGACUAUUCGAGCUUAUUCGCCGGCUCCCAGCAAAUGGAGGCGAUAGUAAGGCUGGAGAGAAGUACGAAGCAAAAAAGAAGGCGGACGAGGCCAAAGUCAAGGCAAUGGCUGCGGAGAUCGAUGAGGAAGAGAAGCGCAAGGCCAGGGCCUCUCGCGCGUUAAACAAUGCUGCGCCUUCCGGAUCGCAAGCGCCCGCAAGCUCUCGAGCGCCCAAAGUGGAUGAUGAACUCUGGACCACCAAAUACGCGCCUACCUCCAUCAAUAUGAUUUGUGGCAACAAGUCUCAAGUCGAGAAACUUCAAACCUGGCUACGAGACUGGCACAAGAAUGCGAAAUACAACUUCAAGCGCCCUGGGAAAGAUGGCGGGGGUGUUUACCGAGCCGCAAUUAUCCACGGUCCCCCUGGAAUUGGAAAGACUACUGCAGCUCAUCUGGUUGCGAAGCUGGAGGGUUAUGAUGUUGUUGAGACUAAUGCAAGCGACACAAGAAGCAAGAAGCUCGUUGAAAACGGCCUCCUGGGUGUGCUAGACACAACCUCUCUGCAAGGAUACUUUGCAGGUGAGGGAAAGAAGGUGAUAAGCGAGAAAAAGAACUUGGUCCUAAUCAUGGACGAAGUGGACGGUAUGUCUGCAGGAGAUAGAGGUGGUGUUGGUGCUCUGGUUGCUGUCGCGAAGAAAACCCACAUUCCCCUCAUCCUCAUUUCCAAUGAAUGGAAGAUCCCGAAGUUGAAGCCCUUUGAAGGCAAUGUCUUCGACCUUGGGUUCCGACGCCCGACUGCAGAUCAGAUGAGAGCCCGUCUCUCGACCAUCUGUUUCCGUGAAGGCCUCAAAAUACCCCCACAGGUGCUGGAUGGUCUGAUUGAAGGAACCCAUUCUGACAUCCGCCAAGUCAUCAAUAUGCUCUCGACUGUGAAGCUUGACCAGCAACAUCUGAAUUAUGAGAAAGGCCGGGAGAUGUCAAAAGCAUGGGAAAAGCAUAUAAUACUCAAACCAUGGGACAUUGUUGGCAAAAUUCUGGGCCCUCAGAUGUUCGCGCAUACCUCAAACAGUACUCUCAACGAUAAGAUUGAGCUUUACUUCAACGAUCACGAAUUCAGCUACCUGAUGGUUCAAGAGAAUUAUCUCAAGACAAGGCCGACGUUAAGUGCAGGGUAUUCAGGCCGAGAACAGAAGCUGAAGCAACUUGAGUUGAUGGACAAUGCAGCUUCUAGUAUCAGUGAUGGUGAUCUUGUGGAUCGCAUGAUCCAUGGGGCCCAGCAGCAGUGGAGCUUGAUGCCCACGCAUGCUGCCUUCAGUUUUGUUCGACCGGCUAGCUUUGUGUAUGGAAACAUGAUGGAGCGCCCUGCAUUUGCUGGAUGGUUGGGACAAAACAGCAAGCAAGGGAAAUUGUGGCGCUACGUCAAAGAAAUUCAAGGUCAUAUGCGUCUACGUGCGUCUGGCGAUCGGGAUGAGAUUCGUCAACAGUACAUGCCCUUGCUCUGGGAUCGCCUGGUUCGGAGGUUGAUGGAUGAUGGCAAAGACGCUGUUGAAGAAGUCAUCGACUUCAUGGAUAGUUACUUCCUCACCAGGGAAGACUGGGAUGCCCUCGUGGAGCUAGGAUUGGGUCCAAUGAAUGAAGGCAACGUGAAGCUGGAAACGCAGGCGAAGGCUUCAUUUACGCGGGUUUACAAUCAACGCUCACACCCACUUCCGUUUAUCAAGGCGAGCACUGUGUCAGCGCCCAAGAAGGUGGCAAAGGAGAAACCUGAUAUCGAGGACGCUGUGGAGGAAUCAGAUGAAGAGGAAGUCGUCGAAGAGUCGAAGGAUGACGAGGAAGCUGACGAACUUGACCUCAAGAAAGACAAAUAUGUCCGGGUGCCCAAGAAGCCGGCUGCCAAGAGCGGUGCCAGCAAAGGGAAGAAGACCAAAAAGAGCGCCGACGAAGAUGUCGAUGAAGACGAGAAGCCGAAGAAGGCGAGGGGUCGGAAGCCUAAGGCGAAAUCUGGCUGAUGUUGAGACGAAAUGAAUGCUUCGGUGUACGAUACUCUGAGUGAGCUAUAGAUGUGUGCUGGCUGG